CUGUGACUCGUUCAAGAAACUCCCAAUCUCGCCACCUUAUAUAUUUUUUUGUUGUUUACCUAUAACAUAAACCUUUUUCUUCCCCCUUGUUUCAGUCAUUAGAAGAAAUGAAGAUUUUUAGUGCAGCUGCUAUACUCUCCUUGGCUUCAGCCGUUAUGGCUUUUGAAGCUACCGCACCUUGUCUCAUGUGGUCCCCGAGAAACUAUAUUGAAGCUCAAGUAAACACCGCUAAGCAGUUAGUCAUUAGCAAGUCAGAUGCCAAUGACUUCAUCAUGUCCUCCUUAUCCCCUGAUAUCUGUUCCGCCAAGCUCAUUGCUUUAGUCAACCAACCCGAGAUUCACAAAGGUGACUUUUCACGUUCUGGUUAUGAGGAUGCUUUCACUCACUUGAAGGAACAAAACGAGAAGGCUCAAUCUCGUUCUCAAAUCGGAUACGUUGCUGAAGGUGUUGAUAUCCAAAAGAUUGCAAAGGAUAUUGCCAGCAAAUGUGAUUCUUCCAUUGCUAUUUUAGACGCUUCAACUGUUACUUCUGACGAUUUAGUUGAACAAGAUACACCCAUUGUUGCUGUUGUAUAUCUUCCCGCCGCAAAUGAUAAUGUUGAAACUCUCAAGGCAAACGAUGAUUUAUUGGGCAAAUUGAUUCAUGCUGUUGAAGAAAAGGUUGAGAAUGAUUAUGUUGUUAUUUACACUUCCAGCGAUGCCAAGAAGGCAUCCACCCACACCUUGCAUCGUCGUGCCCCUCAACCUGUCAAGAACUUGCCUAUUUUUGCAAAGUACCAAUUAUUCACACCUGGUGUAUUUAUGGUUCUUGGUGUUGUAUUCCUCCUCUUGUUGAUUGCAGGCACUGGCAUCACUUGGUUAGUUGGUAUUCAAACUCCUGUUCGUUUUGAAGCAAAGCAAAAGAAGAACUAACUUUCAUAUCCCCCUUUGAAAUAAAUAAUAAUAAAUAAAAAAAAUUAUUUUAUUGUUGAUCUAUUAAA